CAGGCUUUCAGCAAACAGGGUCAGCCCAAGUAGGGUGCAGCUGGCUGGGAGGGAUGAGAUAGGGUGUAUUUAAUGAGCUGGUGGCAGGGUUCCAUUCUCCCCAUGGAAUGUUUGUGUUCAAAGGGGGCUGGAGCAACUGUCACUCUGCGGGCCUGUCCAUUAGAGCAGCUCUCCCCCAGCUUCCAGGCCUGCUCCAGGGCUCUCCCAGUGCUGCUUUGCUUUGUUGCAGCUGGAUAGCAGGCUGGCUCCUGGUGUGUCCUACCUCCCUGAUGGGCAGGAAGCAGAAGAGCCCAGAAAAGGCAUGAAGAGAUGGAGGCAGCUUGUGCCUGAGCAGGGGCAAGAGGCCAAACCCUGAGGAAUGGUGUCCUGGUGGUGAGAGGGGAUCUUUGCUGCUGGGUUAAAGGCAACUUUUCUGAGGUUUCGCCAUCGCCCUCAUUUUCCUGGGAAGGCAGUGACCAUGGCUCCAACCUGGACACCGUCCUGGUGUGCCCUGAGGGGCAGAGGAGUUCUCUUCAAAUUAGGCCUCCCCUUCCUGCUCCUGCUGCCCAGCACAGGCUGCAGCCCCCAGCCCUCUUGGCGCUACACAGCCUAUGAGACAGUAAUUCCAAGGAAACUUGGCCCCAAGGCAGGGAAAGGCAGCCAGAACCAAGUGUCCUAUAUCAUCAGCGGUCAGGAGGUAAAUUACACGAUUCACCUCAGGAAGAAAGACUUUGUAAUAAAAAACUUCCCUGUAUUUGCUAGUGAUUCCCGGGGGAAAAUCGUUGUGGAACUGCCCCAUGUGCCAACAGAUUGCUAUUACCAUGGCUACGUGGAAGGCAUCCUGGACUCCAUGGUGACCCUGAAUACCUGCUCUGGGCUCAGAGGACUGCUGCAGAUUGGAAACUCAAGCUACAGCAUUGAGCCCCUGGCAGCUUCCACCACUGCUGAGCAUCUUCUGUCACAGAGGGAGGAGGUGGUUCCUGAAACAGUGAUGUACAAAAUGCCCAAGAGAGGUGGACAAUUUCCAGCUUCUGGUAAAGCAACGAGGCAGUUCCAGGCCCAGAGACAAACACGGUAUUUAGAGCUCCUUGUCGUGGUGGACAAGGCAGGUUUUGAUGCCUUUGGCAAAAGUAUCACUAAUGUGACUCUGGAAGUUAUUGAAAUAAUCAAUCUGGUGGAUGGCCUGUUCUAUUCGUUCCACCUUCGUGUUUUGAUAACUGCACUAGAGGUUUGGGUGGAGAAGAACCCAAUCAGUGUUACUGAAAACAUUACUGAGGUUCUUAAUAAUUUUAAUCUUUGGCGGAAGCAGAAAAGCUCCGCCUACGCCACGCACGAUGUGGGGUGUCUGUUUGCCUCCACGGGCUUUGGUGAUGGCAGGAGAGCACGGCCCAUAUGGGGCAAAGCCAACUUUGCCAGUGCUUGUGAUCAAGAACGUGCCUCUGCUGUCGUGUCGUUUGCAAAACGGCCUUACAUGGACACUGCUCUCCGUGUUGCGCGAGUGUUGGGACACGUCCUUGGCGUGAGGCAGAAUGACAGAUACUGCAGAUGUGGAAACACCUCUAAAUGCAUCAUGAGCCCAGACGGCACAGAGAACUAUCAAUUCAGCAACUGCAGCAAAAAGCACUAUUUGGAUUUUAUAGCAUCAGGGCAAGGAUUCUGCCUUAAUAACCCCCCAGAAAUGGUAAGGACACUUGAACUGGAGUUCUGUGGGAAUGGUGUCCUGGAGGAUGGGGAGGAGUGUGACUGUGGCUCAGAAAUACAAUGUAAACUGGACCAUUGUUGUGACGAUACCUGUCAUAAAAAAGCAGGAGCCAUUUGCACUUCUGGAGGCUGCUGUAAGAACUGCAAACCUCUUCCAGAAGGAGCAAUAUGCAGGGAAACUGCUGGGCCAUGUGACCUGCCCGAGUAUUGCAAUGGGACAUCUGAUCUCUGCCCAGCAGAUGUGACCAAGCAGGAUGGGACUCCUUGUGCUGACGAUGGCUACUGUUACUCAGGCCAAUGCCAAUCUCGCACAUUACAGUGCAAGAGUAUCUUUGGCAAGGAAGCAAAGCCUGCUCCUCUAUCAUGUUCCUUGGAGGUGAACACAAAAGGGGAUCGGUUUGGCCACUGCUGGGGAGAUGGACUUGCCAGCUUUGAGAAGUGCAAGCUAGAAAAUGUCAUGUGUGGGAGGCUGCAGUGUACAAAUGUUAGACACCUACCUCAGGUGCACGAGUUCACAACCAUCAUUCAAACCCCGAUGGGAAAUACCUGGUGUUGGGGCGUCGAGUACUACUUUGACGGGUAUACCUCGGAUAUUGGAGGCAUCGAAGACGGCAUGCAGUGUGGUGAGAAGAUGAUGUGCAUAAAUCGGACAUGUAUUCCCAUGGAGGAGUACCUGGCCUCCCCCUGUUCUUCUGAGAAAACCUGCAGAGGAAGAGGUGUCUGCAACAAUAGAGGGAACUGCCACUGUGAUAGUGGCUGGGCACCUCCCUUCUGCCACUCCUUUGGCUUUGGAGGAAGCAUUGACAGUGGGCCUGCACCAGUCACUGAAAUGGAGCUUUUCUGGAUCAUUGUUGGAAUUACUAUAGUAACUAUUUCUGUUUUGGUGCUCCUAACAAUUUUCCUUGACAGUGUGAGAAAGCUCAGAGUAACUCAAGCAUUAAGAAAAUACUUAAGAUCUUUUUGUUCUAGAGAAGGUGCUCCUAAGGAGGAUGCAGAGAACCAGGUGAAAGAAGUCAACUCCAAACCAGCUGGGACUUGAACCUCUCCCCUGUAGGACUUCAUGUGGCAGCAGCAGAAAGCUGGGCUCGGUCAGGCACUGGAUGCAGACUCCAGCUGUAGUAGACUCCUUUGAAAUUGAUCUCAAUGCAAGUGUCAUUUUAGGGGACCUCGUCUGUAUUCUGUAGAAUAGCAAAAUUAAAUUGUUUUGCUUGACCUCA